ACUAUGGCGAAACUCGUGCGGCUGGCUAUGAUUUCGACUGCGAAGGGAAAAUGAUGACCUGUAACCUGUCGUUUCGUUUUUUUACAUGUAUUUAGCUCAGGCACCUCUCGGGCCACCACAGCGCGAUGGUCCUUCGGCAACGGGAAGGGUCUUUUUCCUACCAAACAAACCCGAUGUUUAUGUUGACAAAAUGAAGUAUGCCUGCUGAAUGCAAGAAGCUAAUUAACAUGGAGGAUAAAGAGGCAUUCAGCAACAAGGAAAAGGAGAAGGAGAGAGACAUAGAAAGGCGACCGGCCUCUUCCCGGGAAAAAGGAAAGGAAGAGGCGAAGGUGAGCGGAAAGAAAGACAGCAGCAAAGCAGCUGAGGAGAAGAAGCGGAGGCUGGAGGAAGAGAAGAGGAAGAAGGAGGAGAAAGAGCGCAAGAAAAAGGAGGAGGAGAAAGUGAAAGCAGAAGAAGAGCAAAAAAAAAAGGAGGAGGAGGAGGAGGUAGAGAAGAAGAUGCAGGAGGAGGAAGAGAAGAGGCAGCGUGAGGAAGAGGCAGCACGACUCAAGGAGAAGGAGGAGGGCCACCAGCUCCACCAGGAGGCUUGGGAACGGCACCAGUUACGCAAGGAUCUGCGCAACAAGAACCAGAAUGCACAGGAGGGCCGCCCUGAGGAAGCCUUCUUUAGCCGACUGGACUCUAGCUUGAAGAAGAACACGGCCUUCGUCAAGAAGUUGAGGACCCUGACAGAGCAGCAGCGUGACUCACUCUCCCAUGACUUUGCCUCACUCAACCUCAGCAAGUACAUUGCUGAAGCUGUGGGAUCCGUGGUGGAAGCAAAGCUAAAAAUCUCUGAUGUAGGCUGUGCCGUGCACAUGUGUUCCCUUUUCCAUCAGCGAUAUGCCGACUUCGCCCCACUUCUGCUGCAGGCCUGGAAGAAGCACUUUGAGGCACGCAAGGAGGAGAAGACGCCCAAUGUGAGCAAGCUGCGCACUGACCUGCGCUUCAUCGCUGAGCUCACCAUUGUGGGCAUCUUCACUGACAAGGAAGGCCUGUCACUUAUUUAUGAGCAGCUGAAGAACAUCAUCAACACAGACCGUGAGGCACACACACAUGUCUCAGUGGUCAUCAGCUUUUGUAAGCAUUGUGGGGAUGACAUUGCUGGCUUGGUGCCACGCAGAGUUAAGCUGGCAGCAGAGAAGUUGAACCUGGUCUUUCCCCCAAGUGAGAUUAUCAGUGCAGAGAAGCAGCAGCCCUUCCAGAACCUGCUAAGGGAGUACUUCACCUCCCUUACGAAGCACUUGAAGAAGGACCAUCGUGAGCUGCAGAACAUUGAAAGGCAGAACCGACGUAUUCUACAUUCCAAGGGGGAGCUGAGCGAAGAUCGACACAAACAGUAUGAAGAGUUUGCCACCUCGUACCAGAAGUUACUGGCUAACACACAAUCCCUAGCAGACCUUCUUGAUGAAAAUAUGCCAGAACUUCCUCAGGACAAGACCGUGCAAGAAGAACAUGGCCCUGGCAUUGACAUUUUCACACCUGGAAAGCCAGGGGAGUAUGAAAUGGAGGGAGGAAUAUGGGAAGAUGAGGAUGCACGCAACUUCUACGAGAAUUUGGUGGACCUAAAGGCGUUUGUCCCUGCUAUCCUGUUCAAAGACAAUGAGAGGAACAGUCAGAGUCGAGACAAGGAAGAGGCAAAAGAUCCUAAGGAUGGGAAGGAGACAAAGGAAGUGUUGGGCCCAGGCACAGAUGAGCUUGAGCUGGAUCUGGAGGCUCUUGACAUUGCAGAUGACACUUUGGAGAUGGAGGCAGGUGAUGAAGUUGAGAGUGAUGAACUGGCAAAGAAACUCCUGGAUGAACAAGAACAAGAAGAUGAGGAGGCAAGCACAGGGUCCCACCUGAAGCUCAUUGUGGAUGCCUUCAUCCAGCAGCUACCCAACUGUGUCAACAGAGACCUGAUAGACAAGGCUGCAAUGGAUUUCUGCAUGAACAUGAACACAAAGUCUAACAGGAGGAAACUUGUGCGAGCACUCUUCACUGUCCCAAGACAACGACUGGACCUGCUCCCCUUCUAUGCCCGGCUGGUAGCCACAUUGCACCCAUGUAUGUCUGACGUGGCAGAAGACCUGUGCUCAAUGCUGAAAGGCGACUUCAGGUUCCAUAUAAGGAAGAAAGACCAGAUCAACAUUGAAACAAAAAACAAAACUGUGAGAUUCAUUGGAGAACUUGCCAAAUUCAAGAUGUUCUCUAAAACGGAUACUCUGCAUUGUCUGAAGAUGUUGCUGUCAGACUUUUCUCAUCACCAUAUUGAGAUGGCCUGCACGCUGCUGGAAACCUGUGGCCGGUUCCUCUUCAGGUCACCAGACUCACACUUGCGCACUAGUGUGCUCUUGGACCAAAUGAUGCGGAAGAAACAGGCAAUGCACCUGGAUGCACGCUAUGUGACCAUGGUAGAAAAUGCCUACUAUUACUGUAACCCCCCUCCAGUGGAGAAGGCUGUCAGGAAAAGGAGGCCACCCUUGCAGGAGUACAUCCGUAAACUCCUCUACAAAGACCUCUCCAAGGUCACCACCGAGAAGGUGCUCAGGCAGAUGCGUAAACUGCCUUGGCAGGACCCAGAAAUCAAGAGCUACCUUAUCUGCUGCCUUGUGAACAUCUGGAAUGUCAAGUACAAUAGCAUCCACUGUGUAGCCAACUUACUUGCAGGACUGGUGGCCUAUCAAGAGGAUGUGGGAAUCCAUGUGGUUGACAGUGUGCUCGAGGACAUCCGCCUGGGCAUGGAGGUGAACCAGCCCAAGUUCAACCAGCGACGCAUUAGCAGUGCAAAGUUCCUGGGGGAGCUCUAUAACUACAGGAUGGUGGAAUCAGCAGUCAUCUUCCGUACUCUGUUCUCCUUCAUCUCAUUUGGGGUAAACCCGGAUGGUUCGCCCAGCCCACUGGACCCUCCAGAACACCUUUUUCGCAUUCGCCUGGUCUGUACUUUGCUGGACACUUGUGGCCAGUACUUUGAUCGUGGAUCCAGCAAAAGGAAGCUUGACUGCUUCCUUAUCUACUUUCAGCGAUACAUCUGGUGGAAGAAGAGUUUGGAUGUCUGGACAAAGGAUCACCUGUUCCCCAUUGACAUCGACUACAUGAUCAGUGACACUCUGGAACUGCUGAGGCCAAAGGCACGCCUAUGCAGUUCACUGGAGGAGGCUGUCAUGCAAGUGACUGAGCUAGAGAGAGAGGUUCUCGUCAAGCUGGGUCUUGCUGUGGAGAAGGAUGGCAGAGCAUCUGGUGCCCUAGGUGAGGGGGGUACCCUUGAUGAUGAAGAUGAGGAUGAUGAUGAAGAGGGAGGGGCUGAGACAGAGGAGCAGUCUGGGAACGAGAGCGAGAUGAAUGAGCCAGAAGAAGAAGAGGGGUCAGAAAAUGAAGAAGAAGAACGGGAGGAAGAGGAGGAGGAGAACACGGACUACCUGACGGACUCCAACAAAGAGAAUGAAACAGACGACGAGAACAACGAGGUGACCAUAAAGGGAGGCGGUCUACGACAUGUGGCCUGUGCAGAAGAUGAGGAUUUCAUUCAGGCCCUUGACAGGAUGAUGCUGGAGAACCUUCAGCAGCGUAGCGGCGAGUCUGUAAAGGGCCACCAGCUGGAUGUAGCCAUUCCACUGCAGCUCAAGAGCCAGCUGAAGAAGGCCCCGCCCCCAGCUUGCAGUGGGGAGGGUGACUCUGAGCUGGCUGACACCAUGCAAUUCGUCAUGCUCACCAGGAAGGGAAACAAGCAGCAGCAGUUUAAGAUCCUCAAUGUUCCGCUGUCCUCUCAUCUGGCGGCCAAUCACUUCAACCAGCAGCAAGCCGAGCAGGAGGAGCGGAUGCGAAUGAAGAAGCUCACCUUGGACAUCAAUGAGAGACAGGAACAGGAGGACUACCAGGAGAUGAUGCAGUCCCUGGCUCAGAGACCAGCUCCUGCUAACACAAACCGGGAGAGACGACCACGAUAUCAGCACCCAAAAGGAGCCCCUAAUGCAGACCUCAUCUUCAAAACAGGCGGAAGGAGGCGCUGAUGGGAGCAGCGUGGUCCGGCCUCCCACUCUCGAGCGCUGACCAACCCCCCCGGCUGGCUGUGGAGCACCCCCUCAUUGUGGCUGCAGGAGGGGCCAGGGCACAACCCGCCCGCCACGUGCACAACACCAGCAUCACACGCACUGACACACACACAAACAUAUACACAACCUGAAAGAGCGCUCCAGCCAGACCUCAGUCUGCGACGUGUCAGCCUUCACUGGAAGAAUGAGUGCAUUUUUUGUGAGCCGGCCAGCGUUUCCACAAGCCCAUGCCAGUGGACCAAAAGAUGGCCAACAGGAUCAGGGAGGCAGAAGCGUGCAGUGGCGCUGUGGACUAGGUCACAGCUCCCUCUUCCUCUUUGAGGGUGAAAAAUCUGUCCUUUUGUUUAACUCUAGUUAAAUGAUUCUUUAGAUGAGAAGGGGAUAAAUGAGCAGCUGCAAGGCAACAUCAUGAGCAGCUUGUCUUAACCUUGGCAGGCAGAGCACAGGACUGGAAACUGGGCAUCAGUACCUACAGGAGAAAAGCCUCUGGUACAGCGAGAGCAGUAGAUGUGUUGGUGGGUGUGGCUUUGCAUGCCUGACAGCGUCUCCCUAGGGCCUGUACCCCUAGCUGCUGCAGCUUCCCACCAUGCUGAUGAUCCAACCUGGGGGAUUCUGGAAAACAGACCUCAGGAGCAGCGAGGUCAUGGUAAAGACUGAUGAAGGGACUGACUGACUUACCAGCUUUUUAUUGUCUGAUUUAAAAGAGAUGAAUAUUUAUAGAUAUACUCUUUAUUUUUUCAUUGAUGUUCCGACAGGAAGCCCUUUCCAGGUUGUGCAAGGGUUUGACAAUGCCGCUCUUUGUGUGGAUUUGAUUUUUGCUCUGUUGUAAUUGCCUAAUGAACAGCAUAAGCUUACUGUCUCUUAUUUGCCACUGAGUUUCUUGCUGAUCCAUUAACACCUGUUCUGAUUGUUUAACAUAGUGAUGCUUCCCUCUGCCGCUGCAUGGCUCUUUCAGUAUCAGCUCUGGAAAUGGAUACAGUCAGGAUUCCAUUAAAGUGUCAAAAAAUGUCA